CGUCGCGUAACGCCGUGGCGGUCGCUAUCGAUCCGGAGCGCGAAUGGAGGCAUAGGGUACAGAAAGCGACGUUCUCCCGCGCGCGCAUGGUCGAAAAUCGAUCCCUUGCAGUUGAAAAGAUAAUCGGCGCAGAACUCUGCCUUUCUCAUACAGAGUGACGGGCAAACAACACGCGCAAAGUGAGGCCUUCUUCACAAAGUCACAAGUAUUGCAAUGCUGAUAAAAUUUCUCGACAAAUCCGGUCGCAGGUUCCUGCGGGCAAUCAAGAAACUGUCCACCAGGAACCGAAAGACCAAAAAAUCGCGCAAUUCCAGCUCCUCGCACACGAUCAUUCCUGACCUCGAGACGACUUCGCUGUCCUGGUCUUUGCCGUCCUUGGAUGCCAAGAGCAUUGACACAUACAUGACAUACGUACCCGAAAGUCAAGAGGACUAUACGUCGAGCUGCAGCUACUGCUGUGACGAAUACGAGGAGAAUCAAAGGAAUGAGAACAGAGAAAAUGAGAUGAUAAUCUAACGUUCAUAUCAUUAGACCAUUAGCUGGAGUUUGUUCUCGGCCUCCACGGUCAAAUUUGUCGCACAGCAAUCACAUCAACGGGAUGAAAAAACAAUUGCACGUAUCAUUUGAUAUGUAAGUGAUAAUACACGAGUCAUACAUUCUUGUUUCUUUGACGGUUAUUCCAAAAAUAGCUCUAUAAAUGUUAUCAUAGCUGUUGGUGCAAUAGAUAUAUGUAUAUACAUACGUACCAAAGGAUUUUCUCGAGGAUCGAGAAUAUUUUAUUCAUAAUUAGUCAAAAAUUGAUUGUGAUCCCUCUGUCGCAUACAUAAAAAUUCUUUUACGCGUUUCUUCAUUUUUCAAGAUACAUUAUUAAUUAUAUACCAAGAUGAAGAAUAAGAAUCUAAACUUUAGAUUAUUACAAUAAUAUCACUUUUGUCAGUGUCUUGAGAAAAAAAAAGUGCGGAGAGAAAUGAUUGAUAACUUCAUUUUCAGGCUUAGUCUUCCAAUAUUGAUUGUUAUAUCUUACAAUAUAAUACAAAUCGCGUUUAUAUACUUUCGUGUUCGUUUUAAUCUCACUUUGUUAUAUAAUCGUGUAUAAUUUUAUUAAUAGUUAUGUUAUGCAUUUGUUUAUUAUCGCAGAGCACUAUUCGUAGUUAUAAUUAAUCAACGCAAGCGACAGCUAUUUGAAGAUUCAAUUGGAUCGCGCGCGGUAUGGAUAAUUCGAUUUCUUUUUGUUUUAUUGUUCAAGGAAAAUAGGAAGGAAGCAGCGCGACACGCAUUAUUGUCUUUUUUAACACAUUGACUGGCCAUGUCACACAUAUACAGGUGACAGGUAUAUUUUACUGAAGGUUGUCGUCUAUAACCCAAUGAAAAUAAAUUGCAGUUUUGAUGCGACAGUGAUGUCAUUUUCAAUAAGUCGUUUCUACUGGGUAUUCAACUACGAUUGACCGUCUUAUUUAUUUAAUCUUAUGAGAUCAUGUAAAAAGUAUAAACUUGCUCAUAUUUUAGUAUUUAUAGUGGAUCAAACCUGGCAAGAGUCUCGAUGUUCAGACUGUUUUAUUAUAAAACUAUAAAGUUUUCAAAACACGUAUCAGUAUUUCGCGCGAGGAUAAUAUUCGACAUAUAUAACUUAUUAUCGGAUGUAAUUCGACAUUUCGCAAACUCUUGUAAGAUAUUUUUUCGCGUCAUAUAUUUAUCUUAAUUGUUAGAUGAAUAAUUUACUUUUGCGAUUUACAAGUUGUACCAUACAUAUAAUACAUCCACAGCACGGUUUUCUGUCCAAAAGAUUCUUAUAUAUAAUCAAUAUUGGAAUUUCUGGAUUUUAGGAAAUUAGAUUUAAUUAGAAUAAUAAUAAUAAUAAAAGAAUUUUUAAAAAAUAGAACGGAUAAAGAGUAAGUCAUGGAGAAGUCAUUUACUUCUGCAAUUAACUUACACUAUGUACAUCUACAUAUAUUUUUAUGAGACAUUCAAAUGUAUUAUAUUGAAAUAAUAAGAUAUUGCUUUAUUAAUGUCGUACUGGAGUAUUCCGAUGUUCUUCAUUUAUUGGCCGAUAAAAGGAGAUUUGACUUCUUGUUUCGAUUGUCACUAUUAACUAUUUUAUAUUUUAAAAUAACCUUGUUAAAUUAGUCUAAUAUACAAUCAAUCUUUAGUAUAAGAAUUUCAGGUUUUUUUAUACAGAAAGCAUUUCUUUAUUCUUUUAUAUAUAUAUAUAUAUAUUCCUUCUUUAUUAUAAAGACAGCAUUUAAAAGUCUUAAUUUAAAUAAACUAACAAAUUUUUGUACGAUUUAGUCUAGAAUUCGUCACGUUCCAGUUAGAUAUAGAAGGUACAGACGCAAGCCUAAUCACUUAUAUUAAGGUUUUCAAAUUCUCGAUCAUUUCGAGCAACUUUGCUCAAACGCGAAGUCAAUUUUCGUUAAAAUAUAGCAAAAUAUCUUUAUUCCUCCUAUGCGUUGACUUAUCAAAAACAAGACGUGCGCACGCGUGUGGGUGUGUGUGACAAUAUAUAUAUAUAUAUAUAUAUAUAUGUACAGGUGAGUGGGUGGGUAUAUGUGCAAGAACUGUAAUAACUUAUAUCAAUAUAGUAUGCAAAAAUUGUACGUACAUAAAAAAUAUAAAUAUUUAAACAUAUACAUAGGCGUAUAAUGCGUGUUGAUACUUUUUCAUAAGAGUAUCAAUAAGGCUGUGAUAAUUUGUAAUAAAAAUAUAAUUAUCGUAAAUAAAACAGUUUUAUUGACAAACUUAA